CAAAUGGAGCUGCUUCUGGUGAAUAAGCUGAAAUGGAAUCUGGCUGCAAUGACCCCCCACGAUUUCAUUGAACAUUUCCUUACUAAAAUGCCUCUGGCAGAGGACACCAAGCAGAUCAUCCGUAAACAUGCUCAGACUUUUGUGGCUCUGUGCGCUACAGAUAUUAAAUUUAUUUCAAACCCACCUUCCAUGAUCGCAGCUGGCAGUGUGGUAGCAGCUGUGCAAGGCCUGCAUCUGGGGAACACUAACACUUUCCUCUCCUAUCAAUGCCUCACACACUUCCUAUCACAAGUUAUCAAAUGUGAUCCGGAUUGUUUACGAGCCUGCCAAGAACAGAUUGAAUCCCUCCUUGAAUCCAGUCUACGCCAGGCACAGCAGCACAACGUAUCUUCAGAAACAAAGACUGUAGAGGAUGAAGCAGACCUUUCCUGCACACCUACUGAUGUGCGAGAUGUGAACAUUUAAGAGGACUUCUUCUAAUGGGUUUGCUUGGUGAGAAAAGCAGACAAAGAAAGGGCAUCUGAGAAGGAAUCAGCAUCAGGAUCUCCCCCCCAGAAACCCUUUUCUCCAGGACAUUUUUAUACCAGAAGGGAAAACCAGUCUUGUUAUAUUUUUUCUUGCUCUGUCUCCCUUCCAUCUGUGACUUCAAACAAACAAAUAAACAAAAAAUACCCCAAAAACUGUCUUAAAAAAAAGAAAAAAAUAGUAUUUGCAUUACCCCCAGGGGUUUGUGCUACAAAAAUAGAGGAUUUUAUACAAUAAUAAUCAACUAGUUUUUAUAUUAAAGUGUUCUUGUCUGUAUGUUGUAAAAAUAGGCAUUAACACACAAAAUGUCUCCAGGGGAGGUAUUAGAUUUGAUUUCUUACAUAUAAAACAAAACAACCAACCAUUUUUAAAGUAGAAGAGGGUUUUUUUUUUAGAUAGAAAAUGAAAUAUUAUUUUUUUU